AUGGACUAUACAUUUGUCAUCAACGGCGACCCGAACAGCCGCAAGAGAANNAAAGCACCUCAAGGAGCAUGCGAAACUUGCAAAAAGCGAAAGAAGCGAUGCACACACGGCGUAGAGACCGAGAACCAUCAUCAUCAUACUGAUCUUCGUCCUGCCUCUUCGACUCCGGGCAGAAUCCAAAAUCUGGACACGCCGUCAGCUGUGUUGGACAAGUCUACUACCAUCUCCGGUGACGAACGCCAACAUCAUGCGCGGCCUUUUGACCAUCCAUCAAAUUCCAGAUUCAUUGGAGAUCUGAACCCGGAAGCUAGUUUGGUAGCCGAACACGAUCCUGGAAGUGGAAAUCGCGAUAGGCAUGAUGUUGGUAUAUGGGUGGGUGAAUCAAGACGCCACACAUAUGAUGUCCGACAUGAUUAUGACCAACGCAAAAGAGAGUCUACGGAUGUCAACUCUCCAGAGAGGGAAGGUUUGAUUGGUGGCGAAGAGCGAGUCCCACCUUCCGCUCUGAUGAACACGCAAGACAGGGAUGCGCUCAUCGACAUAUACUUCGGACGACUGAACCCGUUACUGCCGAUAGUGGAUGAAGCCACCUUUCGAAAUUCAGAGAGAAAGUCCCAGCUCGUUAUACACGCGAUGUGUUUGGUCGCGUCUCGAGAUCAGAAAGCAAGACGCUAUCUCCGCUUCCUGGAAAGCCCUGAGCCACUUGCACCGAGGAUAUUCGCGUCUAGAGUAUAUGCCUGCCUGCGCUGGGGGAUCCAGCUGGAACGCGAGCGCGACAAAAUCAACCUGAUACAGAUUUUGGCAUUAAUGUCGCUGUACUCUGAGGGCCCAGAAGGCACAGUCGACGCGUCAAUGCAUCUAUCGCAAGCAAUACAUCACGGUCAGACCAUCGGACUACAUCUGGGUCGUUCCAGCGGACACGGAGGCAGCCAGACGAGACUUUUCUGGUCUCUGUGGGUUCUGUCAAACUUCAACGCAGGCUUGAAUGGAAGACCGCGUCAGAUCCUGGACCUUGACAUUGGCCUCAAAUUGGACGAAGCAUACGAGAUAUCCGCACCAGGAACACGGGUAUUGCUCGCCAUCUCGCAGCUACUCACGAGAAUCAUCGGCCUGUAUCAACCCACAGCUGCUCUAGAUAUCAUGGGUAUCGAGGAGGAUUACGAGAGUUUCGAGAACAUUUUGGAUCGGUGCGGUGCUUGGGAUCUCGAACCCAAUGUUAUAAGUAAGCGAACAUGCUAUGUAUUGCUGAAAUUACCAAACCUGACAAUUUAUCUGCUUAGCANNUCUUUGGAGAUAUACUACCACGGCGUAGCGAUCAUAUCUCAUCGCGCUCGCGCCACCUCUCGACCACUGCUCCCAACGCCUUCAAGCUUACGGCAAGAACUUUCAGCACUACAGAUUGUCACGAUCCUCCGUCACAUUUCUCCUAAGAAUCUGGUACCACUACCCCUUAUACCCUAUGGCAUCUCACUCGCCGUGUCGACAUUCUACAACCAGCUCCGUUGUGCUCGCACCCAGACAAAACGCACAGCAGCUCGUGAGCAUAUAGACAGCUGCGUGCAAGCCCUCGAGCAACUGAGCGAAUGGUCGCAGCCAGCAAAAAACAUGGCAACGCUAGGACGCAAAGCACUAGAGCAGACGGCUCACAUGGCAGCCGCAACUGUAUCGCCAGAACUACGUCGCACAUCUCGAGUUCACGCUGGGCCUGCCGAGUGGCGGCCUGCAGGACCACCUCAUCAUCAAAUGGAUCAAGCUGGCAUGCAGCAGAACAACACUUCUGCCGCUCUCGCAGGCCAACACCCACAUCCCGAUGGCGGGUUGAGUGACUUUGACAUUGCCUAUGACGGGUUGAUGGACAUGGACGCCGUGUUUGGCGAUUUCCUGAACAUGAAUUUGCCAGACUUUGGAUUGCCGUUUCAGUGA